AUGGCCAGUGGCCCCGCUUGGACAAGCUCGGGCCUGGGGCCCCAACUGCUUCUGCUGCUGCCACUGUCGCUGCUGCUGCUGCUCCGGGACGCAGGCGGCAGCCACACAGGCCCCAUCCGGCCCGCGCCGCUGGUGGCAGCCAAGGGCCUGGAAGGGGACAAGGACCCCCAGCAGCCCUUGGGGGACGCAGCAGCCGCGCUGGGCCCUGGCGCCCAGGACAUGGUCGCUGUCCACAUGUUCAGGCUCUAUGAGAAGUACAGCCGGCGGGGAGCCCGGCCCGGAGGGGGCAACACGGUCCGCAGCUUCCGGGCUCGGCUGGAAGUGGUUGACCAGAAAGCCUUGUAUUUCUUCAACUUGAGCUCCAUGCAGGAUUCAGAAAUGAUCCUUACGGCAACCUUUCACUUCUACUCCAAGCCACAGUGGUCCUGGGCACGAGAGGUGCUGUGCAAGAGGUUAAAGAAUACGUCCUGCCGCCUGCUGCCUCCAGGCCCACCUGCCCACCAACACAUGCUCUUCCAUAGCCUCUCACAGAACACAGCCACCCAGGGCCUACUCCGGGGCGCCAUGGCCCUGGAUCCCCCACCACGAAGCCUGUGGCAGGCCAAGGACAUCUCCCCCAUUGUUAAGGCAGCCCGCCGGGAUGGCGAGCUGCUCCUUUCAGCCCAGCUAGAUGCUGGGGAGAAGGAGCCAGGGGUGCUCAGAUCCAGCCCACACACACCCUACAUCCUCAUCUAUGCCAAUGACCUGGCCAUCUCGGAGCCCAACAGUGUGGCAGUGACACUGCAGCGGUAUGACCCCUUCCCAGCUGGUGACCCUGAACCCCGUGCAGCCCCCAACAGCUCCACAGACCCCCGAGUGCGGCGGGCUGUCCAGGUCAGUGGCCCCCUCCAGGACAACGAGUUGCCAGGGCUGGAUGAGCGGCCAGCACCCACCCACGGUGCCCAGCACUACCACAAGCAUGAGCUAUGGCCUAGCCCCUUCCGGGCACUGAAGCCCCGGCCAGCACGCAAGGACCGCAGGAAGAAGGGUCAAGACCUGUUUAUGGCCUCCUCACAGGUGCUAAACUUUGAUGAGAAAACCAUGCAGAAAGCACGGAGGAAACAGUGGAACGAGCCAAGAAUCUGCUCACGGAGGUAUCUGAAGGUGGACUUUGCAGACAUUGGGUGGAAUGAAUGGAUCAUCUCACCCAAAUCCUUUGAUGCCUAUUACUGUGCAGGAGCUUGUGAGUUCCCCAUGCCCAAGAUUGUCCGCCCUUCCAACCAUGCCACCAUCCAGAGUAUCGUCAGGGCUGUGGGCAUUGUCCCAGGUAUCCCGGAGCCCUGCUGUGUUCCUGAUAAGAUGAACUCCCUUGGAGUCCUUUUUCUGGAUGAGAACCGGAACGUGGUUUUGAAGGUGUACCCCAACAUGUCCGUGGAGACCUGUGCCUGCCGGUAA